CCAAAAACACAGAGGGCUCAGUCAUUCUCUGUUGGCUGAGAAACAUCAAAGGUAUCGUAUCAAAUUAUCUGCAUUUGAGCCUCUACGCUUGACUUAAAAACGACGACAUAACGAUCAGUCACUGAAUGGCUCCAACAUCACACUGAAACAUCAGCUUCUCCUGACUGUUGUGGAACUAACGACUCUGGACGUAAAAUUUCAGAUGCACCUGAGUGAUCUUUGUCCCUUCACCUGGACUCUUUGAUUAACUUUACUUCCCUUUGGAUCCAGAAAAUUGGAGACAAAUUUUCUGGGUUGCGAAAGGCAUCACAGGCCGAGCCACAGCCUGAGGAUUCAUGGCGAUUAACGCUGAUGUGGAGGAUUGGGGUGGAGUUGGCAGUAAUGACUCUGGAGAAAGGGCAUGGCUCUUGCAGAGCCCCAGCGUGGAUUCUGUGCAGCACCUUGAGACGGAUAGGAGAAGGAGCGGGGGCGUGUCGUCUUUGGGAGCAGUCUUCAUCGUAGUGAAUGCAGCACUGGGAGCAGGUUUACUCAAUUUCCCUGCAGCCUUCAAUAUGGCAGACGGCGUAACUGCAGGAGUGAUGCUUCAGAUGUUUAUGCUGAUCUUCAUAAUCAGCGGACUGGUGAUUCUGGGCUACUGCUCCCAGGUCAGUAACGAAAGCACCUAUCAGGAGGUUGUUCGAGCCACUUGUGGGAAAGUCACAGGAGUCAUAUGUGAAGUAGCCAUUGCUGUCUACACCUUUGGCACUUGCAUUGCUUUCUUUAUUGUCAUUGGAGACCAGCUGGAUCGCUUGAUAGCAGCAGUGGCUCAUGACACAGAUAGUACCGGUGGCUUCUGGUACACUGACCGCAAAUUUACCAUUGUUGUUACUGCUGUCUUGGUUAUUCUUCCUCUCUCCAUCCCCAAAGAGAUUGGCUUUCAGAAGUAUGCCAGUGCACUGAGUGUGAUGGGAACCUGGUAUGUUACCGUCGUGGUCAUUAUAAAAUACAUCUGGCCAGAUAAAGAGAUGACUCCGGGCUAUGGUCCCACCAGUUCUGCUUCCUGGACUGCAGUUUUCAAUGCAAUGCCCACCAUAUGCUUUGGUUUCCAGUGCCAUGUCAGCUGUGUGCCAGUGUUCAACAGCAUGAGCAGGAAAGAGAUAAGACCUUGGGGACUUGUGGUCACUCUCAGCAUGAUAAUCUGCCUCUUUGUUUACACAGGAACAGGUGUCUGCGGCUUCCUGACUUUUGGCUCCAAUGUCAGUCAGGACGUGUUGAUGUCGUACCCUCCUGAUGAUAUUGCUGUGGCCAUCGCAAGAGCUUUUAUUGUCAUCUGUGUGAUCACAUCCUACCCCAUUUUACACUUCUGUGGCAGGGCAGUUAUAGAAGGGCUUUGGCUGCGUUUUCAAGGUGAACAGGUGGAAGUGUGUGUACGUCGUGAGCAGAGGAGGAGGAUCCUGCAGACCCUGGUGUGGUUUGUCGUCACCCUCGUCCUCGCCCUCUUCAUCCCAGAUAUUGGUCGGGUGAUCUCGCUGAUCGGAGGAUUGGCGGCCUGUUUUAUCUUUGUCUUCCCAGGUUUGUGUUUGAUGCAAGCCAAACUAUCAGAGACAGACAGCCGGACAGCCAGCUGGCAUGGAUUGGUAGUCUUUGGUGUUGUCAUGGUUACAAUCGGAGCUUUCAUCUUUGGUCUCACCACAACCAACUCCAUCUAUCAAGACAUCAACAGCUAAGAGGAACAUUUUUCCCAGAGCAUGUGGUGUCCUCAUUAUUGAAGACGGGGGGGG